AUGGAACAACCUGCAAUCACACUGUUGAAUAAUUUGGACCUCAACGUUGAUAACUACACCAUCAGAAUUCGCAUUGUUCGUUUGUGGACAAAAGCUGAUUUCAAUAACGCUAGAAAAGUUUAUUGCUAUGAUAUGAUAGUCAUGGACAGUGAGGGAACAAAAAUGCAAGCUUUUGUUUUAGCUAAAAACGCAACUGAAUAUCAACAUCUUUUAGAAGAAAAGCGUUGUUUGACGAUUCGAAAUCCUUCGUUGGGUGAGAAUCGUCAGAAGGUCAAAUACGCUCACGGUGGUUUGAAUAUUAACCUUAAUAACAACACCGUUGUUGAGGAAUGCCACGAGGCUAUUGGUUCUGAAUGGGGUUUUGAUUUUACUCCGUUUGAUUCUGUUGUGGAGGAUCCAACAGAUGACAGCAAGUUUUUUAAAAGUCCAAUUGAUGUAAUUGGAUUUGUGGUCAAAAGUUUUCCCUUCGAGGUAGACAUGGAAACUAAUAAUGGAAAAAACCAGAAGAAAGUCACGUUUAUGCUUGAAGACUUAAACAAUAAGCAGAUCUUUGUGACACUUUGGGACAGUUAUGCGGAUCAAAUAAUGGAGUAUAAGAGCAGCAAUCGAGGACAUUUGUCUGUAUCUAACUUGUAUACCAUUACUCGAGUCUUAAUUAACAGUGAUAUUGAUGAAGUUGUUGAGUUUAAAAAAAGAUUUAUCGAGAAACUUUCUCCCAAAACUUCUUCCAGUUAUUCUGGCUUAAGUUCUUCUGUUGUGAAGUCUGCAACUGAAGAGUUCCUUUCUGAUUUGACUUUUUAUCCCAUUGGGUCGUUAAACUCAAUAGAUAUGACGAAGUUUGUUGUCAUUGUUGGGACUAUCAAGAGUUUUGCAUCGAACGAUGAGUGGUUUUACAACGCGUGCACAAGCUGCAACAAAAAGGUUUCAACCAUUACUGUUGUUAAAGAGAAGCAUGAUGGUACUGAUGGUUUUGAAGAGGUUAUUGUCUUGGAAUGCAAGACUGAUGUUUGUAAUACAAGGACCGUUUCAUCAAUUCCAAGAAUUAGGCUUUCUAUAUGCGUGCAGGAUUGUACUGGCAUUGUGACUCUGACAUUGUUUGAGCGUGAGGUGACAAAGCUUCUGAAGUUAGCCAACGAAGGAAACUUUCCAAAGGAGCUAAAUUCUUUACUCAAUAGGAAGUUUGCGUUCAAGAUAGUUGUUUCUUCUUUUAACAUUAGCAAGAAGUCAGAUGGCUACUCAGUCUCCAAGAUGACUGAUAACCCGGUGAUUUUGUCCGAGCUUGAUAAACAUUUUGACACUAUCCAAGAUUCUACAUCCCAAACGGGAGACAAUGUAACCCAUUGCUCAAAUGUUUUUAAAGUUGGCUUUACAACAUCGUUUGAUCAGAAGGAUGCUAAGUUGGAUACGAUGAGCGAAGGUGACUUGAAGCGCAAUUUGGAUACCGUGAAUGAUGUGGAUGAUGUUUUUUUCCCGGUCUUCUUAAAAAAUGUGUAA